ACAAUGGGGACACUUCCAGCCCCCCACUUUGGGGAUGCCCCAACCCAAACCCCACACUUGGGUUGGGGACUCCCAGGGCACGGGCUGGGGGUCUGUGGGGUCCCCAGGACAUCCCAGGGGACCCCGGCUGCUCCAGGGGUCACCCCAGUGCAUUGUGGGAAACUCCCCAUCACCACCUCAGGGGGGUCAUGCCCGGUGGGUUUGGGGGCUCCAGCCCCCCGGGGACGGGCCGGGAUCAGGCUGGACACCCCUCCCCGUGGCCGGGGGGCUGGGGGGCUCCCCUGGGUGCUGGUGGGGGCCGGUGCCGGGCAGCAGGCCCGGGGCAUCGUGAUGUCAGGCGGGGGCGGGAGCUGGCGCAGGUAGAUAAAGCCGGGGAGAACAGGAAUCCCUGGUCCGGCGGGACGGUGCCGGGAGGCGGCGGGCGCUGCAGAUAAUGCCAUGGAGGGGGGGGCUCAGCAGAGCAGCCUCUGGGAGCCCCCCGAGCAGGAUGGGGGUCCUGGUGAGCGAGAUGGGGGCGAGGGGCCACCCGAGGUCAAGCGCUCCCAGCCCCUCUUCAUCCACGGCAGCAGCCGGCAGCCAACACAGGAGGAGCCACGAGCGUCGUCACUGCCCAGCAUCCCCAACCCCUUCCCCGAGCUCUGCAGCCCCUCCAACUCCCCCAUCCUGAGCAGCCCAGCCCUGGGACAGGCACCCCCCCGUGAGGGCACCUCCCAUGUGGUGAAGGUGUUCGGUGAGGACGGCGCCUGCCGCUCCCUGGAGGCGUCGGCGGCCACCACGGCGCGGCAGCUCUGCGACACGCUGGUGCGCAGGACGCGGGCGCUGCACGACCACAGCUGGGCCCUGGUGGAGCUGCACCAGCACCUGGCGCUGGAGCGCUGCCUGGAGGAUCACGAGUCGGUGGUGGAGGUGCAGAGCUCCUGGGCGCCGGGCGCCGACAGCCGCUUCGUGUUCCGCAAGAACUUCGCCAAGUACGAGCUGUUCAAGAGCAACGCGCAGUCGCUGUUCCCCGAGGUGAUGGUGUCCAGCUGCCUGGAGGCCAACAAGAGCAUGGCACACUCCGAGCUCAUCCAGAACUUCCUCAACUCUGGGAGCUGCCCUGAGGUCCAGGGCUUCCUGCAGCUGCGGGAGGCCGGGCGCAAGGUCUGGAAGCGUUUCCACUUCUCCCUGCGCCGCUCGGGGCUCUACUACUCCACCAAGGGCACCUCCAAGGACCCCCGGCACCUGCAGUACUUCGCUGACCUCACCGAGUCCAACAUCUACUACGUGACUCAGGGCAAGAAGCUCUACGGGACACCCACCGAGUUCGGCUUCUGCAUCAAGCCCCACAAGGUGCGGAGCGGCGCCAAGGGCCUGAAGCUGCUCUGCAGCGAGGAUGAGCAGAGCCGCAGCUGCUGGAUGGCCGCCUUCCGCCUCUUCAAGUACGGGAUGCAGCUCUACCGUAACUACCAGCAAGCGCAGGCACGACUGAGCCAACCCUCCUGGAUCGGCCCCACGCCCCUGCGAAGCGUCUCGGACAAUGCCCUGGUGGCCAUGGACUUCUCAGGGUGCACGGGCCGGGUGAUCGAGAACCCCAAUGAGGUGCUGACUGCAGCCCUGGAGGAGGCACAGGCCUGGAGGAGGAAGACGACGCACCGGUACAGCCUGCCCGCAGCCUGCCACAGCUCCCCACUCAGUGCCGCCAUCCACCGCACCCAGCCCUGGUUCCACGGGCGCAUCUCCCGGGAGGACACCCAGCAGCUCAUUGGCCGCCAGGGCUUGGUGGACGGGGUCUUCCUGGUGCGGGAGAGCCAGCGGAACCCCAAGGGCUUCGUGCUGUCGCUGUGCCACCUGCAGCGCAUCAAGCACUACCUCAUCCUGCCGAGCGAGGAGGAGGGGCGGCUCUACUUCACCAUGGACGACGGGCAGACGCGCUUCGCCGACCUGAUCCAGCUGGUGGAGUUCCACCAGAUCAACCGCGGCAUCCUGCCCUGCAAGCUGCGGCACUACUGCACCUGCGUGGCCCUCUGAGCACGGCCAGCAGGGUUUGGCACAGCCUGGCACCGCCAGCAUGGCAGGGUUUGGCUCAGUCUGGCACUGCCAGCAUGGCUUGGCACAGUCUGGCACUGCUGGCAUUCUCUGGCUCAGUCUCACUGCCGACGUAGCACGGCUUGAUACAGCCCAGCACCACCAGCAUGGGAUGGUUUGGCACAGCCUGGCACCACUGGGAUUGUUUGGCACAGCCUGGCCCUGCUGAUAUGGCACGGCUUGGCACAGCCCAGAACCACCAGCACAGUUUGGCACAGCUGGGCACCACCAACAUGGCACAGCUCAGCGCAGCCUGGCACUGCUGGCACCGCUUGACACAGCCUGGCACCAGUGGGAUGGUUUGGCACAGCCCAGCAUGGCACAGUUUGGCACAGUCUGGCACUGCCAGCAUGGCACAGCUCAGCACAGCCCAGCACCAGGACCCCCACACUCAAGCACUUUCUCCCCUCCACCCUACAGCACCAGCCCCGAGUGUCCCUGCGGGGGCCUGACACUCCUUGCCCCACACCAGGGAGGUUUUGGGGUCCCCAUCAGCGGGAUCCCGGGGUGUGGGGGUGAGGGGGGCACCCAUCACCGUGUCCCCCAUGUCUCCACAAGGCCAGUUGAACUGGGACGUGUUUUAUACCAGUGAUAAUAAAGGUUAUUUUUGCAGA